CAAUUGCAAAGCAAAGGGGAGCUCGCUCGCUCUCACGUGUUCCCCCGCCGGGGGUCACGUGAUACCGUUUCCUUUUAAUUCUCCCGGGAACUCCUCCUUCCUAAAUCCCCGCCCGUUGGCCCUCCUCCUCCGCAAACCCCUCGAGAUUCCCAGUAACCACAACCCAGUACCUGAGUCAAUUCUAGUGCUUCGAUAUAGCGCCUCCGUUGAGAUUUGACAAGCCCGGCUCCGCGGCGAUCUUUUCCGUUCAAGUCCCUGGAAGAGUCGGGCUUCCGCGGCCACGCCCUUCCUCUUCCUCCCCUGCCUCGCCCUCUCCCCCGGCUCCCGCAGGCCGGAGUUAAACCCUAAUGCUGCUGCCGCCGGAGGAGGCCUGAGGUCGCGGGAGAUGGGUGGCGUGACGUCCUCGGUGGCCGCCAAGUUCGCCUUCUUCCCGCCCGACCCGCCGUCGUACGGCGUGGUGGACGAGGAGGAGCCGCCUCAGCCUGGGGCGGCAGCGGUGGCGGCAGGGAGUAGUGCUGCUGCGGCGGCGGCGGUGUCUACGAGGGUGGCGAUGACGGGGGUCCCGUGGAGGGAGGGGGUGGAGGCGCGGCGGGUCCGGACGCGGCGGGGCACGGAUAUCAUCGCCAUGUAUGUGCGCUGCCCCAAGGCGAGGCUCACCGUGCUCUACUCCCACGGCAAUGCUGCCGACCUUGGCAAGAUGUAUGAGCUCUUCAUCGAGUUCAGCGCUCGCCUCCACGUCAACGUCAUGGGGUACGAUUAUUCUGGUUAUGGACGGUCAUCAGGCAAGGCAGGUGAAGCUAAUACCUUCGCUGACAUAGAGGCUGCAUACAAAUGCCUUGUGGAGGUUUAUGGGACUAGGGGAGAAGACAUUGUUCUUUAUGGCCAGUCUGUCGGUAGUGGCCCCACUGUCGAUUUAGCUUCUCGCUUGCAUCAUAUAAGAGCUGUUGUUCUCCAUAGCCCCAUACUGUCUGGCCUGCGGGUCAUGUAUUCUGUGAAGAAAACAUACUGGUUUGACAUAUAUAAGAACAUUGAGAAAAUUCCCCUUGUUAAACGCCCCGUUUUGGUGAUUCAUGGCACAAAUGAUGAUGUUGUAGAUUGUUCCCACGGAAAGAGGCUAUGGGAGCUGAGCCAACAGAAGUAUGAACCUCUGUGGAUUGAGGGAGGUGAUCACUGUAACUUGGAGACCUUCCCAGUCUACAUAAGGCAUCUGAAGAAGUUCCUGUCGGCUAUAGAAAAGUUGCCUGCUGGAAAAGAAGCAGCAGCCGAGAGUGAGAACUUGCCAGCUGAAAACGAAACACCAUCCGAUAGCGUCGCUCUUUCCGAGGCUCCUUGGACGACCUCACAGAGGUUAGAGCCAUCGAGGAAGAGCUCGAGGCAUGAGCAGCCUCCUAGGCUAAGCACUGAAAAUGUAGAUAAACACCGGCGUAGCACAGGCAUCAGAGAAAAGGCAAGAUCCAGCACAGAAAAGAAAGAGAGAAGGAGGAGAAGCGUCGACACAUUUGACAGGAUGAGGGAUGAAAACGAGCAGCCAGACAAACCAAGGAAAAGCAUCGACAGGCUUGGCGAGAUGAUUAGAUCGAUGGGGCUGUGCAAUGUUGAUUGCUUCAAGGAGCCUCCUCGAAAGACCGAGCCUUGCCGAGGUCAGUAGUGGAUUUUGAGAUGUAGUUAUAGUCUCUUUUCUUUCUCUUCCCAAGGUCAGAUAUCGGUCAACAAUGGUUUGUGUGCUCUUGGUGAUGGAAAUCGUAAAAAAUAUUCAGGAACAGCAAAAGAGAAAUAUAGUGCAGCUCCUUGAUUCGAGCUUUAUUCCUUCUCUCUUGUAUAUACUACCCUUGGCUUUCUUGAAGUAUACCACUUUUUUUCUGCCA